AUGCCCUGCGUUUUGGCGCAAAAUAUGCUUUGGACUGUAACUAGAUUUGCGUCGUUUUUGAGGUAAGCGUACAUAGCAACCUCACGACAGCCAGGCUGUAGUACGAAUACGCCCUUUCUGUAUUCCGUUAUAUUCACUACCGUACUAACUUUGAAUUCUUGUUAUAAAGUCGGUUAAUUCGUUCUGAGAGUUUUGCCCUUUUUCUUUUGUGCGUUGAUUAAUUAACCAACCUGGUCACGGUUGUUGCACAAUCCCAAAGAAUACACAUAUUUAUUUUAGCGUCAACUUUUUGUGCUUGGCUUCGUCCAUUCGUACCGCAAUAUUGCGGUACAUACAUAUGUAUGUGUGAUCUUUAGGGCUUAUUAGUCGUCUGUCUACAGUUAAAUACUUCGUGCAAUAUUUCCUACUGCCAACGCGGUAACCCGACAGCAAGGUUAACAGAAAAUUUCGUAAGAGCUGAGUUACCCGCUAUGCCGAGCCCCGUGGGGAUAAAUGGUACUCGGAAACUACCAGUUUAUUUACCAUGUUGACAGGUACUCUGGACUGGGUGACCGUUGUCGAUGUGCUUUACGGUUUCAUUAUUCGCAGUUUGACCAAAACCAAACGCUGGAAUGAGUAAACGGACCAUUUUCUCAACCAGGGCGGUCGAUUAGUCCCCUACUUCUGAAACAAAUGUCCGUCCACGGCCUACGUACUGUCGACGUUGUUACUAAGCAAUAACAAGGGCCUUGGAAGUCGUGGCUUCGCCCUUAAGGUUAGCAGAUUUUGUAUAAAAGUUCCUGCUUCUUUCAAACUCUAUGGAAUGUUUGGACGACCAUAUUGGGACAGACUCGUUUCUGAUGACUGACACCCAACUAUUUUUCGACACCUCAUUUAAGGAGAAAAAACGAGAUAUGUCAGCGACUGCGGCACACCUUUUAUCGUCGUUUCUGAAACCGUUUUUAUCACCAUCAUUCACAAAGGUUGUAGAGUGACCGCGACCCAAAGACAAAAACUAGUCGAGCCCGGGCUUAUGAUGGAGGUAGAUGCAUCGACUGGAUAUUUAUGCUGAAGCUCACUCCCUAAUUCUGCCACGGCUACCAGCAACCCACCGUAGUCUAUUUCGUCGACUUUAGUGCAGUGUUUGCGAUCGUUUUUCGUGAGUCCCCAUGACUUAUAAUAUAAUAAGCUGAUGUUUCCCAGGAAUUUCGCUGUCUUCAAUGCUUACUAUCCACCAUCGCGUGGUUUUCGGCUAACAGCACUGCCAGACGUUCAAUGUUCUGACAAGAUUGCAUCCAAUACCUCUCUCUGCAUAACUGCGACCUCGACUAGCUACCUGGAUGACCUGUUAAUCUUGGGUGUGUCGGAUUCGUAUCGGGACGCCCAUCGACAGUCUUCGUCUACGCUGACAAUGCGGUCCUUCUAUUGUUAAGAUGGGAUGCAUUUCAGAAUCUAGUCUUUUGGUAAACGAGAUAUCAAAUCAGUCGCUUCGCUCAGGGAGAAGGCAACAACCGAAGUAUUGUCAGGCUGCACCCCUGACUAAAAGAAGGCUCAUCUCAUGGUCAACGACUGUAAGUUUAGAGAAAUGUGCUAUUUCAACUGUCUUGGUGUGAGGUCGUCUUCGAGCGUAAAGAAUAAGAAUGGGAUUGUCGCUAAAUCUAUGCUGUUCGCGGAGUUUUCGCAAGCUUUUGAAGCGUCUCGUGUAUCCGUUCCGAUAUCUUCGUAGCCCGGGACAUUCUUGUUUGGUUGUGAAUGCGGGGGUUUUCAGCCCUUUUUGCCUGAUAGUGAUUCUGCGAAUGGAGUUUAUAGACUUCGUUUCAACUAUCACUAUGUACUCACUGCGACUACAUCGCGAGGAUAUCAGGGAGAGGCGCCAGCGUUGGCUUUGUACUUUCCUUAUCGUUCUCCUCACAUGGUCAGAGCCGAUGUCCAUGGUCUCACUGAACGCAACACAGAGGGGGUCAACCUGAAACCCUUAAAGACUAAGCGGUGGUUCCAGCCACCGCCUUUUGCCAAAAUAGGGAUCAGAGUAGUAUAACAUCACAGACAUGCUAUUUUUGAUUUUACCACAUACGAACCGAUCCCUAUCCAUGUAGCUUCUUCGUAGACUUUUCGGAUGACAGACGUUACCUUCGAUCUGUAACUCCUUGUCCAAGCGCAUUCCUUUUUGCGUGGAAGAAUAUCUUAUUUUGGCUUGAUCCGACAAGUGCCUCAUACUUUCUAGAAUGUGGAUUCUUGUAUGCUGUCUGCGUUUGUAGGUGACCUAACUCAUGAAAAAUUAACUGAAAUUUUGAAAUAUGACUUGGGUUCGAAAGAUUUGCUUGUGUAAGGUUAUAGUGCUGAUUACUAUGCAGCAUAAUCCCGAGAUAUUUCAGUCAUGCCAGGACGUGGACUUCUGAAUAUGCGUCUGUCUAGCCGUCGGUAGAAAUGACAACCUGAGCGUUGCAAUUUUCUUUGAUUGAUUUCCAACGGUCUUAUCAAUUCAAAGGCAUUUUUUAAAAAAAACAUGCACAAAAAUAUCCUUUCCCAUACCCGUAUUGUAAUAAAUGACGUACGCAAAUUUUUUACCUGUCAAUUUACCUGAAAUUGUAAAAAUUUCCGAGUAAUUUGAGCCCAUCGUACCGCCUCACUUACGUUCAGGAUUUCUAGAGUAUUAGCUGCACAGUUUCAUUUGAGGAAAAUAAGACAGUCUUCUAUGCUAUUACGAAGAGAAUAUACGGAAUUUUAUAAAAUUUUAAAAUUGAUAUGAACCACAUCGCACGCUUUACAAUAAGCGCUAGUAAACGGACAGAUACGACGGAUACUCGGUCUUGGAGAAUACCAUGGAUAUAGACAUUUUCAAAUCCAGAACUACCAUUUCUUUGGGCGGAAAAUCUGAAGACGCAGUUUCCUACAAAAUGAGUACAAGAAGAGAUGUCAUUACGCAUGGUAUAAAAUAUACUUGAAAACUCGUACUGUUUAAGCUGUCGUUUUUGGCGAAUGCGACUUUUUCAGGCGGCUGGAAAGACAAGCAUUCAUUAGUCGGCAUCCUGGCUCGACUGAAAUAGCAUGGGAUUAUCGCAUGGUAAUAAAUAUUACAACUUUACCCUAGUAAACAUUUCAAAACAAAACCACAUUUCAGAAUUUCAGUCGAUGUUUCAUAAGUCACCCCCUCAUGACUUACCCUCAGAUUCUUCUCCCAUUGCCAAUCGGACACUCUUUAGUUUCCUUGGUUUGUAAAAUAAAAGGGUUCUUCGCUAUAUGGGCAGUCCCUUCACUCGGGUUUUUCUCGAACUCAUUGAAUCACUUAGAGCUACCCUGCCACAAAUGUUGCUGGCAAAGAAAUUUUGUCUUAACACUGGGACUUCAUGUACCCACAGCCAUUUCAGCUGGAAUUUGUAGUAGGUUAACCCAGUCCAUAUCCACUGACAAGGUUCUGCCUUCAAGCACUCGGUAGGUUAUCAGGCCGUUGAAACUCGUCUUGCCUGACAGCCUCUCAGGUUCCUGUUCUGCCGACUCCAGGUUGAAGAUGCUCGCCAUAAGUUAACUUGAUUUACUGUUCGGUUUGGCAUAUUUCUGCGUUUCGUCUUCUUUAUGAUCAGGUCAUAACAGGUGGAUAAGACGUUGAAUCCCGUCUAUUGUUUCAAUUUCUAUUCUCAGCCUGGUUCUAUGCCAUGGACAAGCCGCAAAUCAUCGGUCACAUACAAAAGUCGUUGAACUACACGCUUUAUGAUUGCAAAUGGGUCCCCGUCAGCACGAAGUUUGUAGUUGUGGGUUCCAAUCCUCGUGGCACCGCCCAGCUCCAGGUGUAUGACGUCACUGCGACAGAUGUGAAGCUUGUAUACGAGGUAAACAGUUGUCAUAUGCACUGUGAUCCAUUUCCUGUUAUUCUAGUCACCUUCCUUCUCCCUUAUCUUUGACUCCGUUGCAGUUGUAUUUUCUUACAUCGAGAGUCAAGUUUCCUGAGAAAUGUGAACACUUCAUAUGCGAAGGCAUUUUUAAACGCGCAACGAGUUCCCCAGUUGAUCCCCAAUGUCCCCGUGAGCCUUAAAGCUUUUGCCGAAAUCGCCAAGAUCUCGUUCUUUCGCAAGUGCGAUGGGUUUCCCAACAAAUUUUAUAAUUUGUGAUUUAUUUCGUUAUCUUCUGGCCUGAUCUUACUCUCCAUAAGCCUCUGUGUAUUUGAAAGCCUUAUCAAAGGUCAAAAUGCCAUCGUAUUCGUCAACUUUAGAGUGAACGCCCUCUUCCUCCUGCGUACGUCAAGUUAUGAGAAUGACGAUGGGUUGUCAUAAUAUCCUUGGUUACUUAGUUGAGACGUAGUUUACAAUUGUCAUGCUGCUUCUGACAAGCCUCGCGCAAUCUCAACCUCAUUACAAGUUCGAGAUACCUAUGACGUGCUCCACCCUCAAUGCUUUACAACAGUGUUCUCGGAGACGAGCAAAAAUAUGCCUCCGCUUGUGUCGUCGACUGCUAAAGUGUGUCUAUUUCAGUCCAUUUCGUGAAUUUUUUUCCUACAACCUGCCACAAUUCGGACUUACAAAUUUCUUUGGGACUUGUUUCGCUUCUUUCAAAUCCAAAGUACUCUUGUGGACUUGAGUGGGAACAAUGACCUAUGGAAGCUCCUAGGGGACGUAGCAUUUUGUUGUAUGCUAUGCAUUAUAUCGACAGAACAGAAGGCUUAUGCCGAUCUUUAUCGUCUGUUAAGCCGACCAGCUAUCGUCCCGAAGUGAACAGAGUGUCUGCUACUCAUACCUACUAUCAUUGGGUCGAUCUGUCCUUGUGGUCAGUACUGUGGGUAUGUGAGGGUAACUAGUUCGACGACUAAGAGUCAAAGCCAGCAGCCACUUGAUUUGGCUUCCAUGGCACUCUCGCAGACAUGGGAUUCGUACAAAAAGAAUGUGUCCGAGGCUACAGAACGCAUUGCGUCAGAGUUAGGCGUGGGCAUCGCUCAUCAUCCGGCGGCCACCAUGCGUAGCAGUAUCAUGAAAAUGAAGGAUCGGGUGGACGCGGGUGAGCAGUCAGGCGUAGUCUAUCAAAUCCCGUGCCAUAUCUGUCCUUGCCACUACACAGGCCAAACAGGACGAUGCCUCAGCUCACGAAUACUUGAGCACAAACGGGCCGUUCGGAGAGGCGACCCACUAUCUCAAGUCGCCACUCACAAGCUAGAGGAAGGCCAUGAGUUCGACUUCGCCAACAUGCGGAUAUUGACGUGAGCCGGCAACAAGACGGGGCGAGAACUGUUGGAGGCGUGGGUGUCGGACACCAACUUUAUUAAUAGACACAUUGAUUUGCCUGCGUGUUAUCACGCACUCUGCCCACGCAGCCAGGUGGCGCAGCUCAUACCACCGCGAAGUACAAACGGCGUCACCACGCCGGGGGAUCAUUGUGGACCAGGCGGCAAAAACCAGACCUAGCCAUGGACGUAGUCUUCUCCCCUCACGGCACAACGAUAUGAAUGUUCACACGUUGCUGCACUCUAGCAUUCUCUGAUGAUGAACUCCAGUCCGAGUUUGAAAGCUAAGGCCAAUAAAUCUACCGUCCCAGUGAUCGUGCCUUCGUCUUCUUUUAAAUGGGACUCGAGCCUCCAUUCCACAAAAGCCCCGUACAUUGUCUGGGAACCAGGUCGCGUAUGGCACACGUAGACGGGCCGUUUAAGCUUGCCAGCUACCAUGAAAGAGCUCAUCCCCGGCCGUCUUAAAAUUGACUCGCCAUUGGAGACUGGUGGGUGAGGGAGGGGAGCUUGUGGCAGAUGCUGCGCAAGUCUGCCCCCCUAUAAACUAAUUUACGCAAAAGUCACCGGUGCUGUGUUCACCCCGCGGGGCACACGGUGGACGUCGUUGCCAGCGGCGGUCGGACUCUCGAUCAACGAUCAUCAGUGCGAUGAGUUUGUUCGUUCGAGUCGCAGCCAUUAAUAGAUUGAGGGAAAAUUGCACGGUAAGGUUGCCUGAUCACUUCGGUAGUGAUGAGGCAUGCGGAGAUGUAUUGUGUGAACAGCCUGACAAGUCUCCAAUCAUCCAGAUUGUUGACCUGAAGGCUCCUGUUCUGCUGAUGGUUUCCUGCCAUGAUUGCGUCUUUUCAAGCCAGACUUGAAAUUAGAAACAAAACCGUUGACUGGUGUUGUGUAUUGGAAGAGCAAGAAUCACCGGCUUAAAGUAUUAGUCGCCAUACGACUGCCCGCAAGGACUUCAGAUUGAGCCUCAAGACAAAACGAGAAUAACCGGUCUCGUGACGUGGUCGGUGUGCGCCCCCUGGAUAAACAUUGAGAGACGGGGCAGUGCCGAUGGGUACUGAUAAUUGUAGCUAAUGCUGGGUUUUUCUUAAUGACCUAUUUUUGCUUUUAUUGAGUGGGGGCAGAGGCUAGAAUACGAAGCCACUUUUUGGAUAUUCGUUUUUUGGACGAUAUUUCCUCAGGUUGAUAGUCGGAGGUCCCAUUGGAUGCAACCUUUUAAUCUAUGAUAAUUUCGUUUAGGCGUUGUCGAGACCAUUGAUUAUGUUCUAGCACUAAGUGAAGAAAGUACGUACUAAUUUUUCUUAAGGAUGGAUUGUCGCAGUAUCAGCCUCGUCCCGUCCUCUCCCUUCCACGCAUCAUCGAUUGUCCGAGUCGGUUAACGGCUUGGUGACGAGAUUUGGCGCUGUGGCUGACUUAGCGUUAUAUCUACUCUGCCCCUAUUUGCACAAUUACAUUAACCUUUCCGGCCCUACUUACAUACACUCAGUAGUCAGUUUUUUCACCUCGGUGUACAUUUGAGGCUCGAAAUCCACAUCUAGCUUCGAACUACGUUUCUUCUCAUUUUUUGGAGCAAAACUGCAAAGAAAACAGCUGUGUUAGUUGCCAGUAAGGAGUGGGCAAAGUUUCUGUAGAUUCUGCUGAGUACCGGUUUCGAAACUUCAUCAUUGAAGUCCACUCGUUUACAGUCUUACAUUUGUGAUAACUUUUGGUUGAUCCGACGCAACUACGAUUUCGAUUUUUUAGUAUUUUGAUUGAUGAGGUAUACCCAAGAUGCCUCAAGUUUGCCAACGCUAGAGCUAAGUUUGCGUUGUGCUGAUUGGUUCCAGUUCAUUUCCUCAGUCUACUCGGUUCCAAUUCGACCGAUUACCGAGGGUAAGAAAAUAGGUACUCCUUUGCCUUCUUCUUAAUUGGCAUCCUCUCUUCUCGUAGAAUGGACGCCUUGAUGCUAUAUUCAAGACGUCGAACUUUCCCUGAAGUGAAUUUCACAGUGUUCAUUGACUUGUCUUCUGUUUGUAAACUAUGCGAUGCCACCCGGCGUCAAAAGGUCAUGUUUUCUGCAAAACAACUGAUUCUUUUCCGUCUCUGAGCCUUGUGACGAUUACAAGCCGCCUAGCAGAACGAGUCGUGAAGAACUAGCGCCAGCAAAACUUUUGCACAAUUUGUUACACAUUUUGCUUAGUUGAAAUUUACCCAGUCCUUUUUGUGUGUCCCAUUGUAUGCAUGUUUCCAUCUCUAGUGGGAUUUACCAAGUUGUUUAUUUGCUAACUAUCCAGGUAGAAAAGUCCAAUUCCUACAAAUGCUGCACAUUUGGCGCAUCCCGUCUCCCCUACGCCCACCUUGCAACGGGCGCCUUCAAUGGACGCAUGGCCAUUUGGGAUUUAGCUGAGGGUGGGCGUCUGGACGCGCCCAUCUACGCAGUUCAGGCACAUUCUGAAAUCAUAAACACCAUCGACGGCGUUGGCGGACUCGGCGUGGGUGAGGGCGCUCCAGAGAUAGCAACAGGCAGUCGAGACGGAACCGUCAAGGUCUGGGAUCCCCGACAGCCCAAAACACCCGUUGUCACCAUGGAACCAUCUCAGGACGAGAAGCAGUCCAGCGCUGGAGACAAUCCCUCAGUGGGGUCAAGCCGAGACUGUUGGACUGUGGCCUUUGGACACGCCUAUAAUGCUCACGAUCGCUGUCUAGCUGCAGGCUAUGACAAUGGUGAUAUCAAACUGUUCGAUCUGCGCGCCAUGAAGGUGCGCUGGGAGAAGAACGUCCGGAACGGCGUCUGUGCGUUGGAGUUUGAUAGGAAAGACAUUGACAUGAACAAACUCGUGGCAACCACGCUGGAGUCGAAGAUUCACGUCUUCGAUAUGCGCACUCAACAUCCAGAGAAGGGAUUCGCCUGCCUCACUGAGAAGGCCCACUCCUCGACUGUUUGGCAGGUCCGACAUCUGCCGCAGCAGAGGGACAUCUUUAUGACGACCGGUGGAAACGGGUCAUUGUGCCUCUGGAAGUACAAUUACCCGGCAAAGCGCCGGAAGAUGGUUCAGGUGACCCCCACUGCUGAGGGUCAACCGACGACUGAAGUGGCUGAAGGUGUGGCCGGCAGUCUUUCGCUGCUGCAAAAUAUUACACUGUCAACACAACCCAUCUCCGGCCUAGACUGGUGUAGGGACAAGAUGGGUUUAGCUGUCUGUGUGGCUUUUGAUCAAACUCUCCGCCUGCUCAUUGUUACCAAACUAAAUAGAGUGUGA